AUAUAUUAUUGAAUUCUCCAUUGCUAUUUAAUUGAUAUCACAUACACGCCCACAUUAUUCUAUUCUCAAAAGUUAUCCUCCAAUUUUAAUUUCACACUCAACAAGCUGCGUGGGGUUUUUACGUUCACUAUAAUUUUCAGAAGAUGAAGAUUGUAUUUGUAACAAAGGGAAAGUCAAAUCAACGAACAGAGGAUGAGUUGGAAUUUUCAAGGAGCUUACAUUCCACUGGAAUUCCAAUAACACAAAAUCAUAAAUAUGGUUAUAAGAAACCAAAACCAAGAGAAGAAAAUUACAUUCUACCCUGUCUAGAGAAGAGUACUGAAAAAACCUCAAGAAAUUCUGGAAUUUCAAAGAAGAAAAGGGUUGAGAAAUGUUGUAGAAUUGAUAUUACAAAUACAAAAUCAAACAAUAAAAGAAUAUUACAAGACAGUUUAUUGAGUAACAGUUUUGUAGAAGAAGAAGAUGAUGAGGAAGUUGUUGUUUCAAAGACAAAGUCUAGAAGCAAAGCUAGAAAAUUGGAUCAUAUAAUGGAUACUGAACAAAAUUCCAGAACAUGCCAUCAAUGCUUGAAGAAGGAUAGGGUAUCAUUUGUACCUUGUAUAAAAUGUCAGAAAAUGUACUGUUUAAGGUGCAUUAAUCAAUGGUACCCCAAUAUGUCAAUAGAAAAUGUUGCACAGAAAUGCCCCUUCUGCCGUAAGAAUUGCAAUUGCAACGUUUGCUUGUGUUCAAGAGGAAUGAUUAAGACAUCUAACAAGAACAUCAAAGAUUUUGAAAAAGUUCAUCACCUCCAGUAUAUGAUUAACUUACUACUUCCAUUUGUUCAAAAAAUUUGUGAUGAACAAAGUCAUGAACAAGAGAUUGAAGCUAAAAUACAAGGAAAAUCAUGUUCUGAGAUUGAGAUACCACAAACUUCGUGUUAUGAUGAUGAACGUAUCUAUUGUGACAAUUGUGCUACUUCAAUUAUUGAUCUUCAUAGAAGCUGUCCCAAGUGUUCCUAUGAAUUAUGUCUAAGUUGUUGCAAAGAAAUCCGCAAUGGAAGUAUCAUACCGCACUCAGAAAUGAAGUUUCAAUACGUGGAUAGAGGUUAUGAUUACAUGCAUGGAGGUGAUGGUGAUCCUCUACAAGCAGUGUCUUGUGAUUUUGAUACUUCAGAGAGUAAUGUUGUGAUAUUUACCAAAUGGAAUCCAAACAGUGAUGGAAGUGUUGAAUGUGCUCCAAAAGAAUUUGGGGGCUGUGGUGGCGGCUGUGUGUUGGAGCUGAAACGCAUGCUUCCAAAAGGGAAGAUAUCUGAUUUGGUAAACAAAGCUAGCAAUAUGCUAAAACAUUUUUGCAAUAAUGAACAAAUGAAGGUUCAUAAAGAAGAAGUGUCAAGUUCUAUGAUAAGAGCUGCUUUUAGAGAUGGCAAGAAUGAUAAUAAUAUAUAUUGUCCUGUUUCAAGUGACCUUGUUAAAGGAGGGUUGUUUGAGUUCCAAAAGCAUUGGAGGAAUGGUGAACCAAUAAUAGUACGUGAUGUUCUUAAACAAGGGACAGGUUUGAGUUGGGAGCCAAUGGUUACUUGGAGAGCAUUGUGUGGAAAUUUGGUUUCAGGUGUCAGCUCAAAUUUUAUGUCACAAGUUAAGGCCAUUGAUUGCUUGGCUAGUUGUGAGGUAGAAAUUAACACUCGCAAGUUCUUCCAAGGUUAUAAGGAGGGAAGAACAUAUAGGAAUUUCUGGCCAGAGAUGCUCAAGCUAAAAGACUGGCCUCCUUCUGACAAGUUUGAAGAUGUUCUGCCGCGCCAUUGCGAUGAAGUUAUCCGUUGUUUGCCAUUUCAAGAAUAUAGCGAUCCUCGAGCCGGAAUCCUCAACCUUGCUGCUAAGUUGCCACCCCAUGUCAUAAAGCCUGACUUAGGUCCAAAAACUUAUAUUGCUUAUGGAAUCAAAGAAGAACUUGGCAGAGGGGAUUCUGUGACAAAACUUCACUGUGAUAUGGCAGAUGCAGUGAAUAUUUUGACUCAUACAACUGAGGUGAUAUUAACUGAUGAACGACAUUCUGUUAUUAGAAAAUUGAAAAAAGCACAUAAGAUCCAAGAUGUGAAAGAGGGUCGUGCUCAAUAUAAUAGAAAACAGAUAGAAGACAAAGAAAAGUACCCUUUUGAGAUCAAUGGAGAGUUGUUCCCAAAUGAAGUGCAAGCUAUCUCAAAAGAAACAACAGAAACAGGUGGUGCUCUUUGGGACAUAUUCAGAAGAGAGGAUACUGAAAAGUUAGAAGCAUAUUUAAGAAAACACUCCAAAGAAUUUAGGCAUAUUUUUUGCUCUCCAGUUCAACAGGUUUUCCAUCCAAUUCAUGACCAAUGUUUUUAUUUGACUUUGGAGCAUAAGAAGAAGCUAAAGGAAGAGUUUGGUGUAGAACCUUGGACAUUUGAGCAGAAACUUGGUGAAGCAGUAUUUAUACCUGCUGGAUGUCCACACCAAGUCAGAAAUCUAAAGUCAUGCACAAAAGUUGCCUUAGACUUUGUGUCACCAGAAAAUGUGCAUAUGUGCAUGUCUUUAACUGAUGAGUUUCGUCGUCUUCCAAAGAAUCACAAGGCAAGAGAAGACAAACUUGAGAUAAAGAAGAUGAUAGUCUAUGCUGUUGACCAAGCUGUCCAAGAAUUAAAAGCUUUCAAUAGAUGCUCUCCACUGGCUUGAAUGCUGUUUAUAUAAAAUGUGUAAAAAGUUACUACUGAAUUGAAAUUUUGAUAACAUUAUUAAUAUAAUUUUUAACCAACAAAUUAAGUUUUUUCGUUGUGGAAUUCUAUAAUCCGAGAAAAUGUCGAGAAUUUUGGGAAAAGAGCAUUGACUUUAUAACAAUUAUUGCCGGAAAUAAAUAAAUAUAAGAAUGGCCAAAAGUGCCUUCAAUUGCAA